GGCUUCGCCCUACUCGCACUCCUUACUCUCUCCAAUUCUCACGAGGGUUUUACUUGUAAGCUUAAACCCGCGGCCAUGGCGACGAGAGCAGCAGUGGCGGCGCCACGCGUUUUGCGACGCUUUUUCUGCUCAAACUCUGCUUCUUCUACUUUCCCUUUCAUUCCUACGCCGCCUACGGGCGCUGUCCCCACUCCCGCACGACCCACGGCGGAGCCCAACACCAAUCUCUUUGUCUCUGGGCUUAGCAAACGGACUACAACAGAAAAGCUUCGGGAAGAAUUUUCAAAGUUUGGUGAAGUCGUUCAUGCAAGGGUGGUAGCUGAUCGAGUCUCAGGCUACUCUAAGGGGUUUGGUUUUGUGCAAUAUGCAACAAUAGAAGAGGCUGCAAAGGGCAUUGAAGGAAUGGAUGGCAAGUUUUUGGACGGUUGGGUUAUAUUUGCAGAGUAUGCUAGACCAAGACCACCUCCAGGACAUCAAAAUAACAACAGUCCUCCGUUUGGCCGGCAGUGAUUCUUGUUGUUUGUCUGAAAACAUUCUUAUGCCUCAUUGAGCUCAUUGUCUCAAGUAGCAAUUGCAAAUCAUAAAUUAUUAUUUAGAUGCGUAUGCGUGAUGAGGUGGUCUUUAAUUAUCGAUAAAUGUUUUAAUUUAUUGUAAUGCAAGGAUAACCUAUAACGUCGUAAUGCCAGAUUUCCCUUCGAUAGCCUUUAGUAUUUUGUGGUUAUGUUAGGUAGUCCAAAGUAGCGUCAUUUUUGUACCAGAGUAUCGAAGCAGAUGUCUGUACUCCAUGGACUUACUAUUACUUGAAAAGAGAUAAAAAUGGGUAUUUUUCUACGAUAUAUAAUUUA